GUGAAAUUUACAAGAUAGACAUUAACAUCAUCAUCAUCGUCGUCAUCGUCGUCGUCGUCGUCGUCGUCGUCGUCGUCGUCGUCGUCGUCGUCAUAAUCAUUAUUAUUAUCGCGGAAGAUGAGACACCAAGAUUUCUAAAAGUUCAGCGAAGAAAAUCGAAUGACAUGGCGACUAUGAGAAAAGAGAGUUACUCAUCCAGCACAUUUCCACGUAAGAACAGUAAGGAAAGUAAGGAGAUGGAGAUGGAGAAAGAGGAGAAGCAGAAGGUGGAAGAGUAGAGGUAUAACCGAGCUAUCCAAAUAAUCUCUCUAGUGAACACGAUCGACCGGUUCUUCCUCGAAACACGACGUUACCUUUACAGAGAUGAGUUCGAGGCUUUACGAGGAAUUAACGUCUUCGAACCUCGAUGUACUAAACAUCAUAGUUCCUCUCGAAGAUAGAAGAGUUAGGAGAUCUUAAAGCUGCCAAGGAGAUCGUUUAGGAAGAGUUAAAACUAAACUUGUCUUGACACGAUCUUUACCAUACUUCUUAAUAAUCUUCAUCAACUUCCUAAGAUAUUAAAAAAAAAAAAAAAAAAAAAAAAAAAAAGAAAGAAAGAAAAAAAGAGAAAAAGAAGGCAAAAAAAAUGGAUCAUUAUCUAACAACCUAUCAAAAGGAUUAUACCUGGCCAUAUCCAAUGAAGGAAAAGUCUAAAUUAGCAGAUGAUAUCUUUCUUAUAGGUCCUUGCACUUGUGGCAUCGAUCCAAAAGAUCUUAAGGUACCAAAAGUGUAUGGUGAGAAAUACGAUUGGAGUCGUGUCGGUCCAAUGGGACCACUUUUGGAUCCCAAACUGUAUCCUGCUAAAACUGGUCCUAGUCCUGAAACGGAUCAGACGCGAUUUGGACAACCGGAUGUUUAUUUGAAAAAGUUGGAAGAAAAAUAUCCUGAUCUCUAUGGAGUUAUACAAGAUCAACCGACUCAAGAAACAAUUAUGGAAGUUGAGAAGGAUAGAAUGAUGACUACAUACAUGACGGAUUAUGGUCAGGGUAAAAGUUUGAAUGGAAGCCGUGUAAAAACCGACGAUCCACAAGUUCAUCAGCCUACUGAAAAGAUUAUUAAAUAUGAUUGCCGUCCUAAAGUUCGACCUCCGCUACGAAAAUUUCGAAGUAUUCUGGAUCAAAAUGGUAAGAACGGAAUCUAUGGUAAUCGAAAACGGAGUAAAAAAUCGAAUGACGUGGAAGGAUCGGAAGUACGAAUACCACCAUGGAAAUCAGAGUACCAGGACACUAUCAGCAAAGUGGGACACUCUAUAAUGAAAUACAAAUUGCAUAAACCUGAAAAGCUUACUCUAACGACUAGUACAGUUUAUAAAUGAUCAUAAAAACGAUGAACAAUAAAAAUUAUUAAAAAUUAUAAUAAACGAUUCUGUUAUUUAGUCGAGAGGAACAAAAAAAAAAAGAAAAAAGACAAAAAAAAAAAAGAAAUAGAACUAUGUUCAAGAUAUACAAAAGAACCUGAAGUUUGUCCUUUACUCGUCUCGAAUUUUAUUCUGGCAUAAAACAUAAAGAUGUAUACACAUAUAUAGUCCAAGGAGAAAAAAUUUUUUGUAAUAAUGAACGCGUAUAUUUAUAAAUAAAAAUUAUAAAUCAUAGUAAUUACAAUGAGUACUAAUCGCUUGAGGAGUUCCAGCAUGACUAACAAGUAAUUCUAAUUUUUUCUCUAACCCCUUUCUAAUUAUAUAUAAUUUAUA